GCACGAAGCGCUCCGUGCAGCGCGGUGCGUGCGCGGGUGCGGCGGCCCGCGGGGCCCCGCUGCUGCUGCUCCGUGCGGGGCAUCGGGCCGGCAGUGCCCGGCGUGCCGCAGCGGGCAGGCCACCCGGAGCCCAGCGAGCUUCCUCUCUGUCCGCCGGGAAGGCGGCCACGGGCCUGCCUCUUGCAGAGCUGCUUCCAAGGUUUUGCUGUGGUAUAUUUUGUCAUUAUGAGAUGUCGUCUACCAGUGCUUCAUUUGUGCAAAUUAAAUUUGAUGACUUGCAGUUUUUUGAGAACUGCGGUGGAGGGAGUUUUGGGAGUGUCUACCGAGCACGAUGGAUUUCUCAGGACAAGGAGGUGGCAGUAAAGAAGCUGCUCAAAAUAGAAAAAGAGGCAGAAAUACUCAGUGUGCUCAGUCACAAAAACAUCAUUCAGUUCUAUGGAGCUGUCAUUGAACCUCCAAAUUAUGGCAUAGUUACAGAGUAUGCUUCUGCUGGCUCACUGUUUGAUUACAUUAAUAGUAACAAAAGUGAAGAGAUGGAUAUGGAUCAUAUCAUGACCUGGGCCACUGACAUAGCUAAAGGAAUGCACUAUUUACACAUGGAAGCUCCAGUCAAAGUUAUCCACAGGGACCUGAAGUCCAGGAAUGUUGUUAUAGCUGCUGAUGGUGUGUUAAAGAUCUGUGAUUUUGGUGCCUCAAGAUUCCACUCCCAUACAACACACAUGUCAUUAGUGGGCACUUUCCCAUGGAUGGCCCCAGAAGUUAUUCAGAGUCUUCCAGUGUCUGAAACAUGUGACACGUACUCGUACGGAGUGGUUCUCUGGGAGAUGCUAACAAGGGAGGUCCCCUUUAAAGGCUUGGAAGGAUUACAAGUAGCUUGGCUUGUAGUGGAAAAAAACGAGAGAUUAACCAUUCCAAGCAGUUGUCCCAGAAGUUUUGCAGAACUGAUGCACCAAUGUUGGGAUGCUGAUUCAAAGAAAAGACCAUCUUUCAAGCAGAUUAUUUCAAUCCUGGAAUCUAUGUCAAAUGACAGCAACCUUCCAGACCAGUGUAACUCAUUCCUGCAUAACAAGGCAGAGUGGAGAUGUGAAAUUGAGGCAACCUUAGAGAGACUAAAGAAACUGGAGCGUGAUCUGAGCUUUAAAGAGCAGGAACUAAAGGAGCGGGAGAGACGUUUGAAGAUGUGGGAGCAGAAGUUAACUGAACAAUCAAAUACUCCUUUUUUCUUACCUCUUGCUGCAAGAAUGUCUCAGGAGUCUUACUUUGAAUCUAAAACAGAGGAGUCAAACAGUGCAGAGAUGUCAUGUCAGAUCACAGCAACAAGUAACGGGGAGGUAGCUGGCAUGAACCAAAGUCUGAAGGCCUUGAUGAUGACGGGCUUUGGGGAUAUCUUCUCUCUGAACAAAGCAGGAUCUGUCCUGCAUUCUGGAAUGCAGAUAAACAUGCAAGCCAAAAAGAAUUCUUCUAAAACCACCUCUAUGAGAAAAGGGAAGAAAAUCAACAUGGCUUUGGGUUUCAGUGAAUUCGACUGGUCAGAUGACGAUGAUGAUGAUGAUGAUGAUUUUGAUGACACAGAUGAUAGCAGCGAAUGAAAUAAGUUGUAGAGUUAACCCUGAAAUCGUUUUAGCAAAGUAAAACAAUAAAGUUUUAGAACAAGAAUCCUGUCAGUUUGGUCUGUUUAAAUCCUGUAAAAGAACAAAAAACAAACAACAAUGAAAAGAUAUUUACCAGGCUGAGCAUAUUUGUAUGUAGAAAGAUAUGUUGUUUUUGUUUAGAUUGUGCUGACUUAUUUCUGCUUUGAUGAAAUUUGGAACUAAACUUUCCAAACUAAUUGAGAUUAUUAUUAUUUUAUCAUUAUAUCUGUAAUUCCUAGUGCCUGAUUACAGAAACUGUGGCUUGAUAAAUUUAAGAUCUGGAAACACUGGGAGAAACUUCAAUGCCAUUAAUGCCAUUAAUGUACUUCAAAUUUUUCUUUCGUGUUUUUUGUCAUUUUCCUUACCCCUUUAAUUGUCAGUCAUAUGCAUAUGCUUGUACUUCCAGAUUUGCUAUUUUCUACAUCCAUUCUUUCUUACUGUUGUAGUGAAGAGGUUUGCUGUGUUUCUUAAUUUAAAGCCUUUUUCAAGGCAGCAUUGUGGGAAGUCACUAAUAAGUUUCUAGGAACAGAGAAGCUUGGGGAGGGAGAGAGGGGUUAGUUAUAUAUAUAUAUAUAGUUUAAAAAUGAAAUAGCAGCAGAGCUCAGAUAAUCCUUAUUAGUAGAUGAUUUCUAUAAAUGUUCUUUUUUUUCCCCCUCACGUGUAUGUGCAUGUGUGUAUAAUUCACUCUAGCAAAGUAAACUGCAAUCAGACCUCUGCAUCUAUUAUCAGAUAUUGUGAUCUAGAAGCUAAUUUUCAGUUAUGUUGAUGUGAAUCCAUGAAGCCUCAUUAACUUUGAUGGACUUAUUCUUGUACCUGAGAGCAAAAAUCGGUGUUUGUAAAUUUUGAUUCUAUUGUAUCUGCUAAACAGUGUGUGCCAUCCUUGGGAAAGGAUAAAGAGAAGCCACUGUGACAUUUCAGCUUGGGCCCUACUACCGUGGCUUGUAUGAAAUUCUCCGUAGUAGAAUCUGGCAGUAAUGUCAGGAACAUUUACUAGACUCUGCAUAAGUGUUUUUUGCAGCCACAUUACUUUCAAAGUAUUGUCAACUGCUGUUACAGCUUACCAUAAAACUCAGUGUCUAACAGUCUGCUGCAAUAAUUGCCUGCCAGGCACUUAGGUUGAGAGCAGAGAGGAUGUUUCUCCUGAUGACCCCUUUAGUGGUGAUGCAGAAGGAGGGAGGGAAACCAGUGCAAACACAGAUGCAGGUUAGAAAGGAAGAUGUUGUAAAAUAUUUGCCAAGGAGGAAGGGCAGCAUUUCAAAAGAAAGAUGUUAUUGUGUAGUUCAGCAGUAGUGGGAAUAAGCCAUCAAAAUUCCAUUCUCAAUUACUGGAAGGGUUUCUUUUAUAAAACUUCUGUUUUUGAGUGGCUUCUUUAAUUAUAGGCUUGCCUGUUACACAGCUCUAACCUAUAUAUUAUGGUGUUUUGUGGAUAGCUUAGAGAAAAAUGGAUACGUUAGAUAACAGCAGGCCUGAAAUCAUUACCUGUUCACUCAACAAAGCAAAGUUCUUUGAAGAAGUUUUUCUAGAGUGGGCACCUCUUUGGGUUGUGAGAAAGAAAGAAUUGUUUUAUCCUUAAGCAUCAGCACUGAUCCAGUCACCUGCAAGUGCUGUGCUCAGGCUGGCCUGCUCCGUUCGCUUUGCACGGGAUCUUAGUUCCUGCAGGAUGGCAUUUAACCUUCUUCCAAACACUCCCAAACCUGUUGACUUGAACUUAACCCUCUUGUAUCUGGAAGCUUUUCUCAUUAUCAAAUUAUCAUUUAAAUGAUGCAGUAAAUGUUCAAAGUAUCCCAAAGAGAAACUCUUGGCUCAUGUGUGGAUGACUUCUUAGGUCCAUCAAAGUGACCUGAUUUUUGAAAGAAAAAGAGAGUUGGAAGGGCAAAUAAUGGAAUGGAUAUAAGAACAAAUAGCCUUUUCCAGUGUAGAUUUGUACUAUUUUUGUAAGUCUACGUCUGCUAACACCCCACAGCAAUGACACUAUUUUUGUCACUGCCACUUUGCACUCAGCGAAAUUUGAUGGAUUUGUGUAACAUAAUAUGUGCACUUUAGGUCUCAAGAUGUGUAUCAUUGUGCAUAAAUUAUCACAGAAGCAGUGUAGGGAUGUACAACUGAAAACAAAAUUUGGUUCAGUAAAUGUCUAAUUCAAAAACCCCAAAAAAUCUGUUCCUAGCAUUGAUAUUUUGCACUUUUUGGUGUUUGACAAUCUUGGAGCACUUCAUGCACAUUUAUGUUUGUGUAGGUUUUAAGUGAAUUUGUAAAUUAACUCCUUAAUCUUUACAGAAAUAAAAAUAGUUUUUAAGUAGUAUGACACAGAUAUUCAUUGCUGCAACAUCACAAGGUUUAAGUCUGUCUUCAAGGUUUUGUGCUUACCCAAGUGUUGUAACUUAUAUCAGCAGAUAUCAUCAGAAUGUGGUAAUGUGCUUGUAGUGAUUUCUACCUACUUGGUUCAAUAUUUUUUAACGAAGCAAGAUGGAUUUUUUCCCCCUUCACCUUUGUCCCCCAUGUUGUUUCUCAAAGCAAAUGAGACUAUAUUAAGGAAAAGUUCAAGUUCUUCUAAAACUUCCCCAUGCAUUUAAAGUAGCAAAGGUGAUCUCUGAAUUGUAGAUAAGGUGAUAACGUGACAAAUUCUUCUGAUGCAGUUGAGAUAGUAUUAUACUUCGAAUAUUGGCUAUGCUUACUAAAAAAGCAGUGGUAUUAAUUGCAUUUUUACUUUCCUCUGAUGAGUUUCGCACUAGUUGUCUCCAGUUUACAAGCCAGUUAUCAUAUGUGAGAAUCAAGCUGUGUUGUUUCUGCCUCUGAAACGCUUCUCACUAGAUAAGGGCUUUGAAAAGUGGCUCUGGUGGGCAGGUAUGGUGGUUGGAGGAGGGCAGAGUAUUUCGUCUUCCACACCUGAUUUUGCUCUGCAGUGUAUCCAAGUCCAUCUUCUACCUGUCUCAUCCUCAGGUUAUACAAAUCUCCACAGCAGUCCACAGCCACAUUUUGUGUCAGCUAAUGAAAGCAUUAACCAAACCCAGAAGGCAUUUCUCUGGCUGCUCUGGGCCAAAGCCCAAACAAGCCACCAAAAGCCUUCCUGUGCCUUGUACACCUCUCAGCUCAAUAGGCCCUGCCAGGCCUUUUGGGUUCCCAAUUUCCUCUGGCUUCCAUAAAGCCUGAAGGUAUUUGUAGUAAAAAAAUAUCACUGCAUUUGAUGGAGGGGAAAGGUAAGAACCAGGCCUGAACUUGGCAUAUUUACCAGGCUGCUGUGCUGCAAACAUUAACUUAGGUGGGUAAAUGGCCUCAGAGAAGAAUGGGGAGGAUUGACUUUUGGCUUGCUUAAUGGUCAGCUGGGACCAAGACAGGAUGUCCAACUCCCAACUCCUUUUCUUUCCUUAGCAGUGGUGAAAAAAUACGGAAAUGGGAUUACUGAAGGAAAACUGUUGAUCUAGUCAUUUUUGUGACAAUGUCAUCACUAAUUUCUUGGAGUAGCAAGUGCCUUAGGGUACAGUGUGGGUGUGCUGCAUUGCCAGCCGUUGUGUGCUCCCUGACAAGGAGCUCGUCCCCUCUGGACUGGAAGGGCUUUCUGGAGGUGAGGUCUGGCGUCGCCUCUUGUCACACAGUCAUGUUCAUGGCUUGUCAUUUGCUUAUCAUUCCAGAGGUUUCCUUAGAUGUUGAUUCCCUUUCCUUCUGGGUUUUAAAGUGUUUAUUCUGAGUUAAAUAUCUGAUGCAGUAAUGAUGGGUAUUGCUCUCAGCAGUAGCAAUAGAUCUGUAGUGUGCAUAUAGCUGUUAAGUAUUGAGCAGUGUUACUGUGUGUUUUUAGUGGUGUACUUCCUUUAUCUGUAAUCAGGCAGCUUUUACAGGUUUUUAAUAGGACCUCUGACUUGACAGAGGUUUUAACUACAGUCCUAUGUAGAAUGUUCAGGUAGAAAAAGUAAGUUCAUUUAGUAAUUUUCACAGCCCUUAAAAUGCACUGGUAGGAAUCUGGAGGAGAGACCUUUCCCCUUUCCCCCAGGCUUCAACUUAGUGUACACUGUAAAAUCUGCACAGAGAUUUCUGAUGUGUGAAGAUUUAAUUUUAAAACUAUAGAACCAAUGACUUUCUUUUAACAUUUUAUAUUGUGUGCUAAAUACUCAUAUGCCUUUUAAAGUCAGAUAUAGUCCACUGCAUUUCUUGCUUUUGCACUACUGAAGAAGUUUUGUACUGAAUAGUAGGAGUCGAUGCUAUUUACACUUCAGGUUUGAACUGAUGGAAUUUGAAUAGAAAAUAUUUUCACAAUGUUAGAAAACUUCAUUCUCCCUUCUGAAAAAGCAAAGCUGAGCGCAAUGCCUAUGCCAAGACUCUUGUGCUGUAAACUGAAUAUAUCAUUUGUGUGGAACAUGCAAUGUUACACUUGUGUGUGGUAAAAUCUUGCAGUGUCAGUUAUUCUCUUUAUUGCACUUGACAUAUCAUGUCUUGUUUUAUUCACACUGUGGAUUCGAUUUUCCAGUGUAAAACCAAAGCAAACAAACAAAAAGAAAUCAUACAAUGUAUUCAAUUUCCUCAAUUGGUGUCAUAAACUUUCCUUUGGUGUGAACUUUUCCCUUGCUUCUCUUUUGUUCCAAACUUCUAUUUUGCAAUAAACAUUUUGACAGUAAAUUUUA